UCUUUCUUCUUGAUCACUUGCCUAGAAAUUUCUAAACCGUAGACCGGGUGACAAAUGACCCUUCUCAAUAUAAAUAUCAAGUCCCAUUCCUUGUUUAUCAAGACAGAACAAAUCGGUAGCUUACCAUAAUCUUUGCUCGGUUACCCAUAAAAAUGUAUCCUACAGCACCUGAGUAUGAUAAACACGCAGCUGAACACUAUUCAGGUGCUGUCCCGGUUUCAGGAAUUUCAAAUACUGCUCACCCACAAUCCUAUGCUCCUCCAUAUAUAGAGUACGGGAGGCCGGUUCAUGGUGGUGCAGUGAAAUGGUCAACUGGUCUUUGCCACUGUUGUGAUGACCCUGCAAAUUGUGUGAUUACUUGCUGCUGCCCUUGCAUCACAUUUGGACAGAUCGCUGAGAUAGUAAACGAAGGUUCUCCAUCUUGUGCUCUCAGUGGCACGAUCUAUACUCUUCUGGGUCUUACCGGUUUCGCCUGCUUGUACUCCUGCUGUAUUCGCUCAAAAAUGAGGGGGAAAUUUGACUUGAAAGAGGCACCUUGUGCAGACUGCUUAGUGCACUUCUGCUGUCCGGCUUGUGCUCUAUGCCAAGAAUACAGAGAGCUCAAGCAUCAUUUUGGGUUUGAUAUGGGGAUAGGAUGGAAAGCCAACGAGGAAAGACGAAGGCGGGCAGUUACAAUAGCUCCAACAAUGGCACCAGGCAUGACAAGGUGAAAUGGAAAACGAAGACCCCUUUGCUGUUGUUGUUGAUCCUGCUUUCUGCUUCCCUGCUGCGUGCAGUUUCUUUUUUCAGUUGUAUCGUUAUUUGUUUUGCAAAGUGCUAAAUUUGCCAAGCUAUGUAGUGUGGACAGAAUAAACUCCAUUGAUACUCUGUAUGUGGUGAACCAUCAAUUGCUAUACAUGUAAUGUACCUUUUGUUUAUUUUAA